AUGGCUACCAAUACGUCGCUCGCCAACUUGAAAGCCAUCGUCAUCGGCGCUGGCUUUGGCGGCCUCUCCUCUGCUAUAGAGCUCGCGCGGAGAAGCGCCAGUGUCCGAGUUUUUGAGUCGGUUCCUGAUAUGAGCAGGCAAGGUAUGGACCAAGCCACGCUCGAUUGUGACGUUAUCCAGAUCGGAGCAAACGCGACCCGCCUCAUGAAGCCAUGGGGCAAUGUGCUCGAACAGGUCACGAAAAUCUCGUCUAUGCCCAAGAUUAUGAGUAUCUUGGAUCAGAACGGCAAAGUAUGGCUUGAUCAGGACUUACAUACCGAGUUCGACGGAUACCCCAAUGCCUAUGGGAAGCGCGGGGCUAUUCAGCGCGCCUUGUACGACCAUGCCAUAGCUCUUGGCGUGGAGGUCAACUUCAACGCUCCUGUGGUAGAUAUCUUCGAGGACGAAAAGUCUGCCGGGGUUGUCCUGAAGGGGGGCUCGAGGCACGAGGCGGACUUGGUGAUAGCGGCUGAUGGCGUCCGCGGCCAGUCCCGAAAGCACGUCGUUGGAGUUGCUGACCGGCCCCAGAAGAGCGGGUUUGCCGUCUUCAGGUCCUGGUUCUCGCUCGACAACCUGCUCGAUGACCCUCUCACGGCAUCAAUCGCACAGAGUAAGGAGCCACUGUUCAAGAUCUGGAUCGGGGACAAUGUCCACGCCAUUCUUACGACGAACACGGCAGUGCGGGGUGUGACCUGUUUUGUCACUCACAAGGACGUCUCCGAUAUCUCGGAGGAUUGGAACAACCCCGGUGACCCCGACGAGAUGCUCUCCUACGUACAAGGGUGGGACCCAGUCCUGCUCGCCAUCAUCAAGCACGUACCACGGGACUGCCUUAUUGACUACAAGCUCCUCUGGAGAGACCCCGUUCGCAAGUGGGUGUCGGACAACGGCCGCGUCUGCCUCGUGGGAGACUCGUCGCAUCCGCAUCUGGCGACCUCGGGCACCGGGGCCGCACAGGCCCUCGAGGACGCGGCGACCAUUGGCACGCUCCUGGAGAAGAUGGGCGACGACCGCGACAUCCCCCUUGCGUUCCGGGCCUUUGAGAAGCUCAGAUACGAGCGCACGAGCCUGACGCAGCGCAUGGGUUGGGAGACUCGCCACGUAUGGCACCAGACGGACUGGGAGGCCGUUUCGAAGAAUCCGGACUCGAUUAGGUUGCCUCAGCCUCGCUGGCUACUUGGCUCUGAUGCCUCAGAGUAUGCAGCUGAGCAGUUUGAUGCUGUGAUCUCGCAUCUGAAGUACGGGACCCCGUUCGCUUCCGAGAAUAUUCCCGAGGGGCAUGUGCAUCAGGACUGGAACAUGGAGACCAUGUUGGAGUUUGAAGAUAAGAAGGCAAACGACGCGUUUUACCAGAGUAGAGGCGAGUAA